AGAUAUCUCUGAGUUGUUGGUCACUCCCAAAGUUUCAAGAAAAUGAUUGCAGUAUCCAAGAUUGUUUUCGUAGUGGCACAGGUGAUCCUGACACAUUCCUUCGUUUUUCGAAGCAUUAUGGAAGCCUCUGGAAAUCCUCUGUACUUCUUCUACGCCGCUAAUCAAAAAAUGUGUUUGAAGGGUUGUUAUGAAGAGAGUAACUGCACCUACGUAGUCUAUGAGCAUUUUUUCGAUGGACAUCACAAUAAUCGCUGCGAAUUGUACUCGGAAGGCAACAAACAGAUUAAUUCUACUCAAGUGUAUAAACUUACCCGUCAAGAAACAGAUGCGAUGUGCCAGACAUCGGAUGUCGCUCGAACCAUCACAUUUCAAAAGAUACCGUCUUCAAAUACCACCUCGAUACCACUAGCUUGCUCAAAUACGUCAAUUGAUGCGUCGACCCUCACCACCUUCAAAGCCUCGUAUUACAACAAUUUUCGUUUUUUCUUCGAAGAAUGGGCAGGGAUUCCAAGGGACUACACCAAUUCAUCGUACAGGUUGAGUUUCUCCAAAGGACCAAGAUCUGGCUGCAUAUCGGUUCCAGUUUUCAGGAAAACAAUGCCUCGUCGCUUUUACUUCGGAAGUAUCUACAACACCACCGGUUACUACUUUGCUAACGCAUAUGCCUUCGCUGACUACUGUUCCGCCGAUUGUUUGGGAACGCAGGCAAUUCAAAAAUACGUAGAUGAUCAUGGCAACUACAUCUAUGAUAAGCCAGGAAAUACAAAACUUCGUGGCUUAAACGAUUCUGGCUUGGGUCAGAUGUUCUUUAUUGCGAGUUUCAAAACAAAGUGA